AUGACCGCGACCAAAAUCCCCGUCGGCCUUCCCGUCAAGAACCCUACACAAGCAUACUGGCAAACCCCUACCCACCGCCUCAAAGACCACCGCACUACACCAAACCUCCCCUCAUCAUCCCAAUAUGUCAUCGUUGGCUCCGGUGUAACAGGCGCUUCUGUCGCCCACAAACUCCUCCUCUCAGACCCCACGGCUCAAAUCACACUUCUAGAAGCACGCACCACGGCUUCGGGGGCAAGUGGGCGCAAUGGUGGCCAUUGUCGCGGUGGUCGGUAUCUCGAGUUCAAGAAUCACGUCGAGAGGUUUGGCAAAGAUGAUGCGUUGAAAAUGGAUCAGUGGGAAGAAGACAAUGUGAAGAAUGUAGGGGCCUUCAUUAAAGAGCAUGGCAUUGAGUGUGAUUUGAGAGAUGUGGAAAGUGUGGAUGUUACGACGGAUGCGGGGGAAUUCCAGGACAUCCUCGAUGCGUUGAAGCUGCGAAAGGAGGUUGCUGGGAAAGCGGGAGUUGCGCUCUGGGAGCAUAAGAUUUGGAGUCAAGAAGACGCGAGAAAGGGCCUGUUGAUUCCGCAGGCUGUGGGCGCGGUCAGCUUUCCAGCGUAUGUUUUGAAUCCGUAUAGAUUCGUGUGUGCGCUGCUGGAAAUGAGUCUCGAGAAGGGGAUGAAUCUUCAGGCUAAUACACCAGUGGUUGAGGUCGCGAGACAGCACUCGGGAGAGAAGUGGAUUGUUUCUACGGAACGGGGUGAUGUGCAGGCUGAUCAUGUUAUCCUUGCAACUAAUGCUUAUACCUCUGCUCUGUAUCCUCCUGUGGCGGAUUUUAUCACUCCGACUAGAGGUCAGAUAGCAGCUAUACGCCCGGGUUCUAAUAUUGCGGGGAAUCCGGCACUAAAGAGAACUUGUCAAAUGAGCGAUGGGACUUCAGGGGAUUAUUUCCAGUCCAGGCAGGAACCAUUUAGUGGUGCUGGAGAUUUGAUCAUGGGAGGAGGUCGCCGCAUCUCUCCUACUGGGGAACAGCCAAUCCUCGACGAUUCAAAAAUCCACCCCGCCAUCUCCUCCUACCUCUCCAAAACAGUCCCGCCCAAGUAUUUUGGCCGCGAGACCUGGGGUGAGGAUGGGGAAGUCGUGAUGGAAUGGACGGGUAUCAUGGGAUAUACAAAAGACGAGCAGCCCAUCAUCGGCCAAGCGCCAGGACAAGAUGGGUUGUGGAUUUGCGCGGGGUUCCAUGGCCAUGGUAUGGCACUUACUUUCCAAGCUGCGGAAGCGCUUGUGGGGUUAUUGACGGGAAGGGAGGCAGAGGUUGAGAAAUGGUUGCCUGAUUGCUUCAAGAUUGCUCGUGUUCCGAGGAUUGGAUGA